AUGACGGACGUCGCAAACCUCGAAGCCGCCUUUGAGCGCACCACUAUCCACGACGAGAACGAUGAGCACGUCACUUCUACAUCGACCUACCACAAGGUGAAGCCUUCCGCAUCCACAACCGUAUCGGUAGCUGGCCUAUCGUCCUCCCAAUCAGCUGCGAACCGCAUGAAGCUGCCCCAUCAGACACUACAGAAGCUCGCAACGCAAAAUGCAAAGACUGCAAACAUCGCCAAGGUUACCAUCUCAGCAAGCUCCAGCCGACCCUCAGAACAGCACCAAUCACAUCGCCGCACGCUCACCGACUCCGCCAUCUACACCGUUCCCUCAAACCCUGCAACACCCAAACAAUGGCAUCUGGGCAUGUUUGACAUUGGCAAGCCUCUCGGAAAGGGAAAGUUUGGUCGCGUCUACCUUGCCAAGGAGCGCUCAUCAGGCUUCGUGUGUGCCUUGAAGGUGCUCCACAAGUCUGAGAUCCAGCAAGGCAAAGUCGAGAAGCAGGUCCGACGAGAGAUUGAGAUUCAAUCACAUCUCACGCACCCCAAUAUCCUCAAGCUCUUUGGCCACUUCCACGACGCAAAGCGCAUCUUCCUCAUCCUCGAAUUCGCUGGUAAAGGAGAAUUAUACAAGCACCUCCGCAAGGAGCAACGCUUCCCCGAAUGGAAGGCAGCACAAUAUGUAGCCCAGAUGGCCGCAGCACUCAAGUACCUCCACAAGAAGCACGUCAUGCACCGCGAUAUCAAGCCCGAAAACAUCCUCGUCGGCAUCCACGGCGAGAUCAAGAUUUCCGACUUUGGUUGGUCGGUACACGCGCCCAACAACCGCCGCAACACCAUGUGCGGAACUCUCGACUACCUGCCCCCGGAGAUGCUUCGCGGUGGCGGCAAGGACAACUUCUACUCCGAGAAGGUUGACCUAUGGAGUUUAGGCGUCCUGACGUACGAGUUCCUAGUCGGUGAAGCGCCUUUCGAGGACACCCAAGUCAUGACACAGCGCAAGAUUGCGAGGGGAGAGUACACAGUCCCGAGCUUCGUCAGCUCAGAAGCGCGGGAUCUCAUCAAGAAACUACUCGUGCUUGACCCUGAGAAGCGCAUUGCGCUUGAGGAUGUCGAGGUACACCCCUGGAUCCUCAAGCACUGCAAGGGCAGCUCGCGAGCCUACGAGCGCACAUCGGGCGGCAAGGUACGCAGCAGCUCGGAGCAGUCUGAGGAGAGCUACUAA